GGGAAGUAAUUGCAAGUUUCGUAGCGCUAAUCAAUGGCUUUUAUUUUCCCCGCGAAUUGUUGGUAAUCUUUGAAUUGUUGUUUUCGCUGUGUGUUUAAGACCGACUAUACGGGCUACGGAUAAUGUUCGGGGCCGAUGGUAGAGGGUGAUUUUUUGAAAUUUUCUUUGCUUUUCUAAUUCUGCAGCGCUGUGGGAUUAUACAUGUGCUAAAAAGUGGCGUUGCGUAAAUAUCAAUUUGACGCACGAAGUGAAGCGAUGAUUCGACGUUUCUUAGAAAUGCAGGCCGAUGCUGGAAUGCCCUUGGAACUAUCGUUAUCUGAACGCACUGAUUUAAAAUUGUUGAAGGUUUUAAAAGUUGAUUAUAAUUUAACUGUGAAGGUUAGCAAAACUCGAAUUUAUGAUUGACUCGCGUAUUGUAAUUCAAAUUUCGCGCCUCGAAUUUUCACGCAUGCGCACUUAUCGUGGCGCUACGAGUUACUGCAUUUCCGGAAGUGACGCAUCGAUACCAAAACAACGGUCCAUACGUCCACGUAGCAGCCGCUUGCUUUCGUCGUCCCACUGGGCAAUCUGGCAUUCCAGUCGUCAAAUAACUGUACGUGCAACGCGUUACUCUUUUCCAAGCUGCGCUAACAAGUGCAAAGCACAUUCUUAGACAAAAUGGAUCAGAUCAAGAUGUUCGUUGAGCCCAGCAGGCAGUUUGCCAAAGACAGCAUGCGUCUUGUCAAAAGAUGCACCAAGCCUGACCGCAAAGAAUUUCAAAAGAUUGCGAUCGCCACUGCUAUUGGCUUUUGCAUAAUGGGCUUCAUUGGAUUCUUCGUCAAAUUGAUUCACAUUCCCAUCAACAACAUCAUUGUAGGAUCGUAAGAAUCAAGAAGACUUAUUAAUUAUUGUUAAGGAUUUAUUAAGAAAUAUUUCAUCAUUCCUAACUGUAAACCGUUUCAUUCUCGUCCUCGACAUUUGUAUGUGUAUUAGUUUAAUUUAAAGAAUGAAAUUAUAUAUAUUAUUUUCCAAUAGAAUGAAAACAAUGGGAUUGUGCAUAAUAAAAUACUGUUUAUAUUAAAAAUGUAUUAUUGAAAUUUUUCUAAUUUAUUAAAAAAAAGACUUGGAAUGCUAAAAAAA